AUGGCAGUGAAGUGGUCCAAGGGGAAAGUCAGAGACAAGUUGAACAACCUGGUCUUGUUUGACAAAGCCACUUACGAUAAACUCUGCAAAGAAGUGCCCAACUACAAGCUCAUCACGCCCGCUGUGGUCUCGGAGAGGCUGAAGAUUCGAGGCUCUCUGGCAAGGGCUGCCCUCCAGGAGCUGCUCAGCAAAGGUUUGAUCAAACUUGUCUCCAAGCAUCGAGCACAAGUGAUUUACACCAGAAACACGAAGGGAGGAGAUGCGCCUGCUGGAGGAGAAGAUGCAUAAAGGCUUCUUCAGUGACCUCUGCAAAGAUCUUUCUUCUGUAAAAUGUAUACAAUAAAGUGAAUGGAUUCAG